GGUGGUGGUCGGGGCAAGAUGGGAACAAUGGAAAAGAACUAAGUUAAAAUCAGAACAUACCGGUCUUCGCCGGAACCACUCAUCCUUGGAUCGGAUAGGUAAUCGAUCACGAACAAGAAGAUGAUUCGUGGUUAUUCAGCACGAGGAGUGGAUCGUAUGGAAUUGGAUGGUUAUGGAUUUCCAAAGCUGAAGAGCUGUUUUGGGCUCGAAGGAGGGAGACCAGCUGGAAGGGGGACCAGCGGGCGGCGGAGGCUCAGGCGCGGGUUGCGGGUCUGUCUCUCCGCCUUUGGCUUGAUAAGCCCGAUUCAGCGCCUUGUAACUAAUGUAGUCAACUCUUUCCGCGGGUUACCUUGCGCGUCCGUUCUUCCUUCGCCUGUUGCCAUCCCAUUUUUGACCAGCUUGCAAAGUCGGGAGAGAUUUCAACGGAUAAGUCAUGCCAUACCUAUUUGGCUUAUCUGUUGUGGUGAUAUCCCGUCUUAGAGCGCCGUUGAGUUGGUUGUGAUUUCCCACGACAAUUCCCUUUCUCCCACCACCACCACCACCUCCUCCUUCUCCCCCUCAAACAACCCCCAA